UACGAUUUUUCCUAUUGUUUGCAUUUUCUCGUUCGUGUUUCCACCUCCUGCCUGCUUGCUUGGCCGUUUGCCAAGCUUUUCUACCCCCCCGCCUCUUCGGGUGGUGGGUGGGUUGUUGGAUGUGCUUUCUUCCCGCACGCUGUCCUCCGUCUGCCUGUCCUCCCAGGCCCGGCACACAUUCCGCUUCAAACACUUCCGGGCAAAUGGGUGAAGCACGACGAAGAGGAAACCUAAGCAGUGUGCGCGCGAAAGAGAAGGUACAGAAAGAAAGUAAAAGUGUUUCCCCCCGCCCCGUUUGCUUCGAGCUUCCCAGGGGCCGGUAGAAAGAGUGGUGGUGUGUGUUUAGUAUCUCUAUGUGUGUGUGUGUGGAUGAAUUCUUUUUUUUUUUUUGGUUUUUGGCAAAAGCGAUCCUCGGCUGUGCUGCUAUCCCGCACGCUGUCCGUUUAUCGUCCGACAGUAUCUACCCGGUACACAGGAACUGAUUUAACGACGGUUUAGUGCUUUCCUCUAUGUGUGUGUAUGUGUUAAUGGGCUCCCCUUUUUGCUGUAAGCGGGGCUCCAAAUCUGGCGAACCCCGACGCGGAAAAUAGUGCGAAAGCGUGUAAAGCUGCAAAGGGCGCGAGCGAGAGCACCGACGGUGGUGAUGGUUUGCUUGCACCAGAAGUGGUCCCGCUCGCACUCGCUCGCUCGCAACAGCACGGCAGCACUACUUUCACUCCGGCGGUCGGUUCGGGUUUCUCGCUUGUGUAUGCGUGCACGACUUCCGCGAUGAUGGCAACGGUGAAAGGGGUUGCCUCGAGCCAGAGCGUGACACGAGCGGCGGGCUUAUGCCGCACGGUGCGGAAAAGAGAGCGAACAACACGUCGGUCGUCGGUUUCGGAUGUACCAUCUGCGGGCGAGGGGUUCGUCGUCUGCACGCGCAAGAGUGAAAGUGAUCAGGCGUCUGGCCGGGACUGGCGGCUGGCGGUAAUGGGUGUCGUGGUGGGUUUUUUUUUGUUCGUUGUUGCUGCUGCUUGUUUCGUGUUGUUGGCGGGGGAUUCGCGACCAAACCCCGAAACCCGAACCCGGAGCCCCCGGUUUUGGCCGAACGAACGGGACGGUUUGCGAGCGUGGCGAGCCUGACGCUGGUUGCGCUGGGCUUACUCUUCGUUCCGAGGUCGAUCGUGCGCGAUCGCGUACUGACGUUUCUGCGUGGUGUUUUUUUUUGUUGCCGCUGCGUUCCCUGCGCUGUGUUCCCGCGUGCUGCCAUCCAGCUGGCCACCGUACCUUCUGUGUGUGUGCGCGCGUGUGUGUGUGUGUGUGUUCUAUCAAGAACCAUCCUUCGCCUUGACGGGCAGGAUACUGGCGGGUUUCCCCCAAAGUUCUUGUAGGUUCUUGAUUUGCAUCUGUGAAUACAAUUGCGGGAACAGGAUAUAGUGAUUAAACCCUUCACAACCUCCGGCAGAGGCGAAGACACACAUACCGAACAGCGUGAGCGUGACAGUAAGCAUCCAGAGAAAGAGCGAGAGCACUCCUGGAGAACUCAGUGCAUGCGGUUUCACUAUUCUAUACACUAAGCGCACACAGCAGUAGAAUAGUACACUCCCGCUGUGACGACGCGAGCGACGUACAACGACUGUCCCGUGGGAUUGCGGUGUACUACCAAGCUCGCUGGCGGUGUGUGUAGGUGUCCGAUUCCCGAUUCUGCGAACGCGCGCGCGUUCCCGACGUUCCCGAUUGCGCUCGGUUUCGGCUACGACCGCACAAACCUUCAGUGUCUGACUGUACGUUCACAAGUUCGCACGAGCGCGUUCCGUUCCCGUGUGCCCGUGCGUAGUGCCGUGUAGUGUUAGUGUCGCUUUGCUGUGCUCGUUAGAACGCCGCCAAUUUGAAUAGAGAAGAGCGCGCGUAACAAUACAAGCACCGAGUAGGGCCCUAGUGCGCGACCCGCAACGCAUGGUGUAGCACGUACAAGGUCAGCACCGGCGUACUCACACACUGCCUGGGCAUAGUGCAUUUGCAUACGAGCGCGCGCGGUAGCGAGGCAGACAACGCCAGUCCGGUGUCGUGGAGAAGAGGGCAACGGAAAUAAACAAAAAAAAAAAAAUAGUACACCAACACUCCUCCUCCGGGGAAGGGAAGCUAGCAACCAGCUAGGUUUCGGAAGCGGCAGUCAGGCCCGUGCGUUCCGUGGCACUACUCUUCUCCACUAACACUCAGAGGAAGUGCUCAGAGGACGUCGGUCGGUGAAAAACGUGUGAUCUUCGGUACCUGCUACGCUUGCAUUCGGAAGUGUCUUUUGGGGGGGGGGUGCCGAAACCCACAACCCCUUCUGUAGGUGGACUAGUCUCUGUAAGCCGUUGCUCAGAUGUCUUUGCUCGUGGUCCCGACCGGUCCCGACGUUGCGGUUACCUACAGCCGGUUUGCUCUGUGAUCUGUGAGCGCAGUGAUCAUCGAGACACCACCUCUUGACCCCCCUCCGAUAUCAUAAACCCAUCCGACGGGUUUUGGUGAUCAGAAUUCUAUAUCAUCCUCUUCUUCCUUUCCCCUGUUCUAACCUCUAGAAGUAGACCGAUCGCCGCCGAUAUUUAGUCCUUCGACCAGCGCGGCUAGUGUCCUAGUCUCUGUGUUUGUGUGUGAGUGUUUGUGUAUGAGUUUGUGAGUGCUGUGGGUGGGUGCGUCUGCCACUCGAUGAGGUGUGUGAGGUGUGUAUCGGCAAGCCUAUCAUUUAACAUGGCGUGAGAUGCCAGCAACGUAUGCGCGUAAAUACUCAUCACGAUGAAGUGUUCGUCUGUAUGUUUUGCUUCCUAGCAGGUGGUUCUAGCUUAGUGUGAGUGCGAAACGUCGCCACCAUUCGUGUGAUUGUGAUAUCCCAGCUAACCAGUGUUUGUGGUUGCUUGGAAAAAUAAGAGCGAAAGCGAAUAGAUCUAAGUGUGAAUGAUAACAUCUUCCCGCUAGUGGUGUUUGACAAGUUUUGUAGUAGAGAAGAGAGAAAAACGACAACCAAUCCGUGCUCCCGAGGAAUUUGAGUAGUGUGUAGAGUGCAAUAGUGAGUGUGAUUGGAGGAAUAUAGGAAGAAAAAAGUUGUAAUAACACGAAUAACCCGUGCACAAUUUAGUUAAGCAUCUUGAAGUAAAUCGGUGUUAGCAGAAACUACUCAAAAAUCGCUUGUACAGCCUCACAGCCAAACCCCGCUGCCAAACCAUGAACAUGGAAUUCCAACCCUUGCCGCCGGUGUCGACGAUGAACAUUGGGCCACCGACGCCGUCCCCAUCGCCCCACAUCCAGAUCCUCUCGAACGGUCCGAACGGCAGCGGUCCGACCGGGGCUGGCGGUGGCGGCGGACCCGGCGGCGGCCACAAUGGUAUGGGCAAUCAGGGCGUGCACAGUCAGCUUCUGGGGCCGAUGCCACCACCGAGCAUCCUUCCGAUCGGUAUGCCCCUGCAGCAAGUUGUUCACAACUUGCAGCAUCUUACGAAUGUCGGUGGACUCGGCAUGGGUGGCAACCCGCAGCAGCAGCAGCAGCAGCAGCAACAGCAGCAGCAACAACAACAACAGCAGCAACAACAUCAGCAUCAGCAGCAGCAACAGCAGACACAUCAGAACUUGCUCACGAGCAACACGCCCGGUGCAAACGGACUGACCGGUAUCCAUCACGGUGGCACACAGAACCUACCGCCUACGUCUCAGCUGCUGCAAGCGAUACAUCAGAACACCAGCAACAACAACAACAAUGGCGCCAAUAAUAACAAUAACAACAACAACACGAUUAAUCUUAACAACAAUAGCAACGGCAACAAUAACAACAACAACAGUAUCACACAGUACCAGGUGCAGCAGCUGUGGAGACAUCACGCGUAUCUAAACGGUAAAACAAGCAAUAACAAAGAUAUCUGCGGCGAGGACAAACACAAAGAGGAGAACGAUCCAUGGAACGUCGAAACACACUCCGCGUUCCUCGGCCCGAACCUAUGGGACAAAACCCUGCCCUAUGACUCUGAUCUCAAAGUGCAUCAGGUGAGUGAGUAUGCUGACCUGGACGAGUUUCUCUCGGAAAAUGGCAUUCCGUACGAUGGAAUACCGAACAGCAAUCUGGGAAAUUCGACCAGCCUGACCGGGCAGCGGUCGGACAGCAUCGGCCACUGUGCGGGGCUGUCGCUGUCCGGUCUCGGGCAGGUCACCACCAAGCGCGAACGGUCGCCCUCGCCAUCGGAUUGCAUGAGCCCGGAAACGAUGAACCCACCGUCACCGGCCGAUUCAAUUUUCGAUGCUACAGCGUUCUCGAUGUCGUCCACCCGCGACUUUGAUCCGCGGACGCGCGCCUUCUCCGACGAGGAGCUGAAACCGCAGCCAAUGAUCAAAAAGUCCCGCAAACAGUUCGUGCCGGACGAGAUGAAGGACGACAAGUACUGGGCGCGCCGUCGAAAGAACAACAUGGCGGCGAAGCGGUCCCGCGACGCGCGCCGCAUGAAAGAAAACCAAAUCGCGCUCCGUGCUGGUUACCUGGAAAAAGAGAACAUGAACCUACAUCGAGAGGUGGAACAGCUGAAGCAGGAAAACAUGGAGCUGCGCGCCCGCCUGUCCAAAUACCAGGAGGUAUAAUCUUAGCCCGGCGUACCCCGGCGGAACAACGCCACGCGUUCGUCUACUUCUAGUACUACUCUACACCAUCACCGUCACUACUACUACUACUACCGCUACUACUACUACUACUACUAUUUUGCUAACCACUGUCGGCGUCGAUGUGUUCGGCAGCGUCGCAUUGUUUCGCCAGAUCGCCACCGUUUAUCGCCAUUAGAGUCGUCUACCAAUCGUUACCACCGAUCACCAGCAGCAGCUGCAGCAGCGACAGCAGCCAGGCUUACAGCGCAAUGUUGGUGAAAGGCAGCUUUAUGCAAACCCUGCGCGUGCGCGCGUGCUCGCGAUCCUCAGCUCUCCCAGCAAACGCAACUGCUGGCGCAAGAAACCAGGACGCAACGGGCCUUGUUGCUUGUUGCAGGAUUGCCAAGGGAGAGUUGGACCGCAGAGAGAGAGAGAGCAAGAAAAACGAGAGAAAGAGAUAGGAAAACACGAGGGAAGCAGUGUUAGAAGCACUUCCUCCCCCCACCACUGCAAGGCUAUUAUAGUUGUACGUGUUAUGUUUCAUUUGUUUUGUUUUGUUUUUCGGUUGUUACUAAGCAUAAGCUCGAUCCAGAAUGUGUAGGGCUUUUUGCGUUUGAAACUAAACUGUUUCAAGAGAGAGAGAGUAUCGUUGAUAGCUAAUUUGAUGCUACACAGUAGUAAUGUUGGUAGCUAAAGACAGGCGACAAAGAGCAUAAAGAUAGAACGCAGUAACGUAGAACGCAUGCCUGCUAGACAAAACAGUAGAUCUAGAUCAACUAAAGAGUAGAGAAAGAGAGAGAGAGCAUACGAAAGAUCGAAGAUGAAGACCGCUUGUUUACAUACAAUACAAUUUAACGUACACAAAAAAAAACAAACACACAUUCAAAACCAUCCUCCCCACCUGAUACAAGAGAAAAGGCGUAAAGGAAUGCGCGCAGAUAAAAUGAUUAAAAACAGAGAAUAAUGUUAUAAAAAAUAACUUCAAUUUCAAAGAAGGAAAGAGGAACACAUGAAGCUUUCCUUCUUUCGCGCAGUAGAUAAUGCAAAAAAGUAGCAGCAAGAGAAAGAGAGAGAGAGAGAAGUGUUUGGAUUAAGUUUUGUUGGUUUUUCAUUUGUUUUUCCUUUUGCUUGUGGAACGGAAUUAAAGGAUUGCUUUAAGUAGCGUGUUCCUUACGACCUGCCUGUCUACAAAAAGGAAAGGAGUGAUGGAGCGUAAAGCAAAAGGAAAGGCAAAUGUUGGCAAAAAAAAAGUGUCCGAGACGCGGGACGCGUGUAGUUUAAACAUUAUAAAAUGCUGGAUUUGUGCAAUUGGUAAUUAUACUGUGGCCCGGGUGUGUUAUGUGCAUGUGUUGGGUGGUAGGAGCGAAAUGGAGCGAAUGAGCGCAGCUGGAGUGUGAGCUUGGUAUGACACGUUAAGGAUAGGGUUAAAGUAGAGGUGAAGAGGUGGACCCCCCCAGCACUUGUUUGAUAAGCAAACGGUGUCAUUAAGGAUAGUCGUGAGUCAAUUGUCUUGGUUUUCGGGGGGCUCGUUUGUGUUAGUCACGUUGUUACCAUUGGGUGGUUCGUUGCUUUUCUUUUUGUUGUUUUGAACCGGUGUACAGAGAAGAAGCUCAUCACUUCACUCUGCACCGUUUGUUAAACCACAUCCACACUGACAUGUUGGAUCUUCGGAUAUAGUCAUGGGAGAAAUAAGGAGCAUUUCUCCCAAAGCAAACGUUACAAAACACAACAAAAACAAACGUUUCACGUGAGAACGACGACGUAGGGCUGUGAGUUUAUCAAAAAAGAAAAAGAAGAAGAAGAAGAAGAAGAAGAACAUAAAAACACAGUUAAUAAGAAGAAACUGUAACUGAGAGAGAGAGAGAGUGUGUGCGUGUGAACGAUAUGUUGGCAACCGAAACCCAAGCCUUAGUGGAAACUGCUGCUGAAACUGCUGAAACCAACAGAAGAAAACGUAAAGCGUGGCACAAGGUGCAAUUUUUCAUCGUCCUUUUAUGAGAGACACGAUCAAAAGCACGAUGGAAAGGAGGAAGUAAGGAAGCGGUUUUCCUGCGACCGAACGACUCCUCUGCACAAGUAGUACUACUUGUUUGGCGCCGUUGACGCGCAGCAAAGAAUAUGGCCUUCGGAAUUAGUUUCCAAAAAGUAAAACCCCACUACCCUUUUUCGAUCGAGAUCGAGACAUUACGAUCGGACCAUGAAAUGUACAAAACCGCCUCCUAACGCGAGCGACCUCUCUUCCGUAAGGAGCUGAACAGCUGUUUUUCAUGCUCUCUUUUUCUUGUCUCUAACCAACAACUGCUAGAAAACGAGAAGUUUUCCCCAAAAAUACCUGCUAGCAGGACUUUACAUUCGAUCGGUCUCGCGUCUCUAUCCUUCUGCGGACAUCUUUCUUCUCUUCAUUCCUCCUUCUAAUUACACUUUCAUCUACUUCGGCCUCUCGGAUCGUUUCAGGAGCUCCUCCCUUGUGUCCUCUUGGGCAUCUAGCUUGAAAAAAAAUAUUACAAAUCACUGUUACGAAAAUACCUGUUAUACCCGAGUUAUACAAACUCUUGUGCUCGUGCUUAUUUGGUUGGUGGUUCGGUUUGUUGCUAGUGCACCGUUGUGCACCGUUGUGUUGGCAUUGGCUGCCCAAUUGAAAGGUGGUAAAGGCGGUAAAAUGAAAGGAUUAACACAAGGACCUGCAGCUAGACAAAUAGUAGAACCUGAAAGCAUAACCGCACAUGCGUUUAAGGUAGAGUGUGCGGUAGUAGUGAAAUAGAAGAGAAAAUUAUCUUUACACGUUGAUAUAAUGACAAAUUAGCAUGCAUAUUCAAUUAGGUGCGCGGGACAAGACAACCCCCCAAUUCUACGGCCUUAUGCCGGCCUUUGUACAUACGUUCGAACGUUACGAAACAAAACAAAACAAAAAUAUUAACAAAAAACCCCAACACACAUACACAUAAAAGAAAAACCCCCUCCCCUCGUAGCCUAAAGCAAGAUGCAGUAGCACGCAGUUUAAUGCAAACUACGAAGAGAGAGAGAGAUGCUGUUUGUUUAGUAGAAUUCAUCGAGUACGUGAGUUUUAUCAGAAAAAAAAGAUAUGAAAGCGAAACUUCACACACACGUGUCCGGAAAGUCAUGAGUUUGCCGGUAUGCCCCUUAGCUUUCUCUGUUGCAUGUCUGCCGCAAGUGCUGCGCGAUGAUUAGGCUGUGUUUUCUCAUAGCUUUGCGCCUACCGAGCUGAUCUUUCGCAGGAACAACAAACACAGACACUCGUUAGUACGGUCACCGAAUGAGAUUGAUGCCAUUUUGGUACACCCUGCACCCCGUAGACUGUUGCUAGCUCUUGGUGUUUCGCUUGGCAAACAGGACGACGGCACUCUCGCGAAGAAUUCAAUUCAAAGGCUUAACUCUGAGGCUACGCAUGGGAGCGCAAAGACGGAACGAACGAUUGGUGAUGGUUAACGAUAGAAACGAUGCAAACGGAAGAGAACAGGCCGGCAAGAAUGGCGGUACCGGUGGUAGUGGAAAUGGACGUAGUGGUAGGACACGUAGGACGUGUGGGGAUGCACGGAACCAGCAAAAGCAAAAAAGCAAAAGCUGUUACCAUUCAAAUAGUGGUGGCGUAUGGCGUAGAAAUGAGAGGGCGGGAGGAUGGAAUCAAAAGUAAGGAAAAGGAAAAGAUGAAAAAAAAAACACACAAACACACACACAUACAUACACACAUACACGAGAGCAAACAAUUAGUAGUCUGAUUCAAUUGUAGUGAUAGUAACAUUUAGUAAGUGACACAUGGCGAUAAAUAUGUAAUUUGAUAAGGUUGAUGAAUGGUGAAGCAGACCGGAAAAGAGAGAUAGAGAGAGAGAGAGCAAGAAAGCAAACAAAACAAAACAAAGCUACCAAGAGCAGAUAAGCUAAAAAGCAGAAAAGAAACAAACAAACAAAAACAAACUAACUAACAAACAAACAUAAGUAUGGAAAAUGAUUAAUGAAAGGCAAGCUUAAAAAGAAAAAGCGUAUUAAGCAGGGUGAAAAAGGAAAGGAACAAGGAAAUGGUUUUUUGAGGUGAAAAUGUGAAUGUGAAAAACAAAUGACCGAAAUCGAUGCUGAGCUGUGGCCGCGUGUUGCUGGAGCGUGUUUAAAUGCGGGGAAACAAAAACCCGAUGAUAUGGUAUGCCGGAAAGCUCAGUAACGCGUCAAGCACAGCAAGUGCUGUAGUUUAAACUUUUGCGCACACCUGAGUUAAUCCCUCCGGAAAAAAAUACGUAGUUGCCCGUUUUGUUGUUGAAAAAAGCUAAAAAUUAACGUGACGUUGUAAAGGAAAUGCAAUUCCCAGGAUCGACUAGAGACUCAAAAUUAACGGCUAUUGGAAACACACGUGAAUUCACAAAAUUUAACUAUUGACCUGAUCUGAUCCGUGUGGUUGUCGUUGUUGUUACCAGUACAUACACACAUACAUUCAGUCAGUAGAACCAUGCUACCAUAUCCAAAGCAUCAAGUUACCAAAUGAUUGCGUUACACGUUUCUAUAGUGAAGAUGUUUUUGUUUUGUCUUCUUUCGGUCUCACGUGCUACUCAUUAAAUUAUUCUCACCCAUUCUUUGCGUCUCGCCAAAUCUCUCUCUCACCCGCUGAGCACCAGUGAGCACAGCGUGAGCAAAGCGGGCAGGAGUUUUCUGUCUCAAUCGGUUUGUUUUCCGAUUUGUUUCGUUUCGUUUUGGUUUGUACCUUUCUUUUACUGUCAGCUAUUUUCUGUACAAAGUUUGUGUUCAAAGUUUUCUUUUUCUUUCCUUUCUCAGUAGUGUAAUCAAUUUUGCUUUGCAUCUUUGUUAAAUCGUUUGUAUUGAGGUUUGUUUGCUCUUUUUUUUUUUUUGGUUUUAUUUUCCCAUUUCGCUUCAGUUUGGGCUUAAGGAUGUGGUCAGUUAUUGCCUUUUCUUUAGGCACCGCAAAACAAAGGCACACAAAACCUACACGACAACACACAGACACACAAACGCAAGCAAACAAAACAACAGCAAGCAAAGGAAGGAACAGCUGAAAUGGGAAUAGUAAACUAAAGCGUAAAAUACCCUCACAAUCACCACCAACCCUAGUGCACCUAGUUAUGACUUACACACCCGGAGAAAGAUUAUUAGUAAGUGCUAGGAUACGAUAAGCUAUAAAACGUAUGCCCGUCCCGUGGGUGAAAAAAAGGAACAAAACGUGGAGUAAACGCAAGAGUGUAGGAAGAACAAAAAGGCGUAAAACAAAGAGAAGAAAUAUAGUGUUGUGUAGCAGGCAGAGCAGAGAUGUGAAGCAGUAGUGAGGUAGUAGAAGAAGAAAAGAAAAACAAACAAAAACAAACAAAAGUGUAGAAAGUAAACAUAGUGGCUCCUAGUUAAGCGAAUUUGUUUUGUUUUUGUUUUUGUUUUUCGUUUUUUUUUGUGUAAUUGUUAUCACUUCGCAGUAGCAGCUUUACGAUUAAUAAGGAAAUUGGUUAAUGUUCGUUUUUACCCUCUAUCCGCCUCUCCCCAUUUGUUGCUUCUCUAAUAGCUCUUUAAGGUGUUUCUUCUCCCUUCUCAACUUUUUAGUGUUCUUGCGGUAAAGAAGAAAUCUAUCUAUUAUUAUGUUGUAUUUAACAAAUGUUAUGUAUUAUUUCUUUACGUUUUGGCAUAUAUUAGUUUUCUCUCAUUUUCCUUUUGUUUUCGUUUCGAAAAGUUUCAAAGAUAAAAAAUCUAUUGGCAAAAAAACAGUCUUAGCAUAGGUUUAUCCAAAUUUACACUGCUCCAAAUGGAUUCGAUUGCGAAAGCAACAAAACUAUGUAUUGAUUUAAAUUUACGCACUAAACACUUUGCCGUGCUACCUUAUCUAAAUCCUUUCGCUUACACUGCUUAACUCCAUUCUACCUUACGGAUUAUUUCUACUUUGUAAAUGUUAUUUAAUGUAGUAAAUACCUGUUUUCCUCUUCUUUUGUUGGUUUGUUUAACCCCGUUUUGCCCCUUAUUGUGAAUAUGAUUGGUAUAGUGUUAAGUGCUGGCAGGAGAACCCGGAAGGUUUCCCGCUUUUCCCACACUUUUAUUUUCUUUCUUACUCUUACAUUUCUCUUACUCGCUACUGUUCACUUACUUCUGUAGAUAAGCUCGUUGGUGUUUUGUUUUUUAUCUCUUCUUUUCACCUCCAAUGGCGUUUGUUUUUGGUAGCUCUUUUCGAAAGUAAACAAAGGCAAGUAGGAAAGCUUAGGUACGUAGACGAAAGCUGCAGCUUAGAAAGAGAAAUGCGUUAAUGGGCAAUAAUUUAGAAGCAGACGCAAACAUAAUAAAAUAAAACAAGAACAACAACUUAAAACUCAUCCCUCCCCAUUACACUCAGUGUACGAACAUGUUCUGUUGCAGGACACACAAACACACACAAGAAAAGACAACCGAAGAGGGAACGCGAGUAGUAAAAAACGGCGAAGGAAAGCAAACGCGCAUAAUUAAGACGAAACUUACGAGCAUUCAUCCAUUCUUUGAGUUUACUAACCUGUUUUUCCCCCCCGGCCCUUAAUUCUAUUAUAUUAUAACUAUCGUCUGUCACAUUACAAACUCACUCACUCUCUUGUCAAAAAUACACACACAAACACAAACUAUGCAAAUGCACACAGACAGAGAGAGAAAGAGAGAGACACACACACACAUACAUACACACACUCAAGUUAAUGGAAAACAAUGGCAGCGAUGAAAAAUAGGGAGGGGAAAAAUGAAAAAGAACACAGGGCUGGUUUCGGGGCCUUUGCGUUCGUCACGAUUACUACGAUUACAUUUAUGAUUAAUUAAUUAUAUUAAUAUUAUUAUUAUUAUUAUUUUCUAGCGAAUGAUUACGAUUUUUUUUUUCGUCGAAAAGAGAUCAAUAAAACUAUAAGCAUAGUUAAGUGA